UGGAGCUGAGGAGCCGGCGGCGGGCGAGGCUGCGCGCGCCGAUCAUGGCCGAGAAGCAGAAGCACGACGGGCGGGUGAAGAUCGGCCACUACGUGCUGGGCGACACGCUGGGCGUCGGCACCUUCGGCAAAGUGAAGAUUGGAGAACAUCAAUUGACAGGCCAUAAAGUGGCAGUUAAAAUCUUAAAUAGACAGAAGAUUCGCAGUUUAGAUGUUGUUGGAAAAAUAAAACGAGAAAUUCAAAAUCUAAAACUCUUCCGUCAUCCUCAUAUUAUCAAACUAUACCAGGUGAUCAGCACUCCAACAGAUUUUUUUAUGGUUAUGGAAUAUGUGUCUGGUGGUGAAUUAUUUGACUACAUCUGUAAACAUGGACGGGUUGAAGAGGUGGAAGCAAGGCGACUCUUUCAGCAGAUUCUGUCAGCUGUGGAUUACUGUCAUAGGCAUAUGGUGGUUCAUCGAGACCUGAAACCAGAGAAUGUGUUGUUGGAUGCUCACAUGAAUGCCAAGAUAGCUGAUUUUGGUUUGUCUAAUAUGAUGUCAGAUGGUGAAUUUCUGAGAACUAGUUGUGGAUCUCCAAAUUAUGCAGCACCAGAAGUCAUCUCGGGCAGAUUGUAUGCAGGUCCUGAAGUUGAUAUCUGGAGCUGCGGUGUUAUUUUGUAUGCCCUUCUUUGUGGCACCCUCCCUUUUGAUGAUGAGCAUGUACCUACGUUAUUUAAGAAGAUCCGAGGGGGUGUUUUUUAUAUCCCAGAAUAUCUCAAUCGUUCUGUUGCCACUCUCUUGAUGCACAUGCUGCAAGUUGACCCCCUGAAACGAGCAACUAUCAAAGAUAUAAGAGAGCAUGAAUGGUUUAAACAAGAUUUGCCCAGUUACUUAUUUCCUGAAGACCCCUCCUAUGAUGCUAACGUCAUUGAUGAUGAGGCUGUGAAAGAAGUGUGUGAAAAAUUUGAGUGUACAGAAUCAGAAGUAAUGAACAGUUUAUAUAGUGGUGACCCUCAAGACCAGCUUGCAGUGGCUUAUCAUCUUAUCAUUGACAAUCGGAGAAUAAUGAACCAAGCCAGUGAGUUCUACCUCGCCUCUAGUCCCCCAACUGGUUCUUUUAUGGAUGAUAGUACCAUGCAUAUUCCCCCAGGCCUGAAACCUCAUCCAGAAAGGAUGCCACCUCUUAUAGCAGACAGCCCUAAAGCAAGAUGUCCAUUGGAUGCACUGAAUACAACUAAGCCCAAAUCUUUAGCUGUGAAAAAAGCCAAGUGGCAUCUUGGAAUCAGAAGUCAAAGCAAACCAUAUGACAUUAUGGCUGAAGUCUACCGAGCUAUGAAGCAGCUGGAUUUUGAAUGGAAGGUAGUGAAUGCAUACCAUCUUCGUGUAAGAAGAAAAAAUCCAGUGACUGGCAAUUAUGUGAAAAUGAGUUUACAACUUUACCUGGUUGACAAUAGAAGCUAUCUUUUGGACUUUAAAAGCAUUGAUGAUGAGGUGGUGGAGCAGAGGUCUGGUUCUUCAACACCUCAGCGUUCCUGUUCUGCUGCUGGCUUACAUAGACCAAGGUCAAGUUUUGACUCUGUGACUGCGGAGAGCCAUUCACUUUCUGGCUCUCUUACUGGCUCUUUGACUGGAAGUACAUUGUCUUCAGUUCCACCCCGCCUAGGCAGUCACACCAUGGAUUUUUUUGAAAUGUGUGCCAGUCUGAUCACUACUUUAGCCCGUUGAUGAUGAUUCUCUAGUUUUUGUCUUUCUGUUAUUACACUGUGAAAAUCAGAUAGAUUCUAAAAAUUAUUGUUUUACUUAUGAUAUCACAUACUCUGGAAUACUGAUUGAGAGUCAUGAAUAUUUCCAGGGGACACUCAAUGCCAUUGAAAUUACUGAAAACAAAAAAGUCUGACAUUUUAUUUACCUGAAGACAUCUGUAAUUCUAUUUUGCCUAUGAUAAAUUCAUAGAGGCUCUACCUUUAAUAGGUGAACAUUGAUGAAAAUUAUUGUUAAUUUAAAAUUGUGAGUUCACUACAGAUGAUUAAUACACCUUCACUGGUGAAUCAUCUCAAAGAGUGGUUUGGCCUCACCUCUUGGCUUUACUAUUUAAUGUAGGUAAAUCCAGUUUACUUCCUAAAGUUUGGCAGGCUUUAAGCUGUGUUUAUGCAUCCAGUUCUCUUGCACAAGAAGAAAAAUAAUACAGCCAUUAGUAAGAUAGUAUUUAAAUGUUGAAGCAUUAAAGGCUGGCCCCCCAAAUUUCAGAAGCCAAAUUGUUCUUGUAAUUUUAGCUUUAGCAAAUACUGCCUAGUGUUUAACAGAAGGGCUGUGGUUCUGAAACAGAUAACUGGUUUACAGGUUCCUUAAAAAUAACUUAUAACCAGCUAGAGGUUUUAUUUUGAGAUUUCCUUGAAUAACAUAUUUAUCUUAAGAGUCUUCAAUGUUCUACUUAGUACUGGAACAUCUGGAAUUGCAACAACUUUUGUGUUUUUCAUAAACUUUUUUUAAAAAAAUUAAUAUUUUAAAACAUGCUUUCAAAACUACCUUUCUCAAAUUCUUUUUGGCUCUAUUUAUUUUUGUAUUUUAUCAAGCAUGGUAAAAUAAGUUAAAUGAAACAAAGCAAAAUUAUCAACAGUCCCUUAAAAGAGAACUCUUAUUUUUGAUGUAAUACAUGUGGUGGUGGGGAGUGUGCAUGGGUAUCCCGCUGCAUAUCACAAUACUAAUUCUUCAUCUGAAGUUCAAGUUUGUUAUUGCAACCAUCCCCCUCCCUCACCUCCCCACCACCACUGUCUUUGUUUUUUGAUCCUUCGUGGCUGAUAGACUUAGCUUUUAAAUCUUUUCUGCUUUCCUUUCUCUAUUCUCUAUCUUGGUUGCUAGCCAUUCAGUUUGAAAACAGCUUUCUGGCCCAAAGGGCCUUUGUGUACUUCCUAAGCUUUUUAGGCACUGACCUUCACUGUUGAGGCUGUUAGGGUAGGGAAGCCUUAAAUAUUAAAAAAAAAAAAUUCUCUUGAAUAAAUAUAUGUGUUGUUUAUAUAUAUACAUAUAUGUAUUCACACACCAGGGCUUUUAAAGGAAAACCAAACUGUUUUGCUUUGUGCAGGUUUUUUUUUUUUUUAAGAUUAAAAAGAAACCUAUAUACAGCAGAGUAGAUAAUAGCUUGUUGCUUAUACUGUUUUAGUGAAAGUAUUUAAUUUUUAAAUUAUGUGUAAUUUAUCUAAUUUGUAUUUAUUCAUUUGUUUAACGUGAUGUAAUUAACACUCUCAUUCACCUGACCCACCCUAGAAAAGAUUAAGCUCUUGAAAACAGGUUUCUCUUUGCCAAAAAUAAUGUUUUCUACCAAGAAGCAAAUGAAAAUCUGGCCAAGUUUCUCUUAUAAGAGUUUAUGAAAGAUAAGCAUGCCUGUCUUUAAGUAGUUUUGAGUCAGGAGUUUGCGGUAUGUCACAUCAUAUUAGUUUAUAGAAUUUAAAAAAAAAUGGUGUUAAGUUAAUCUUAAGUUUGAGUUCUUAAUAUCAAAAGGAAUUGUUGCUCCCCAAUUUGGGAAAGAGGGUGGGUUUGCAUUAAACUGUUUUAAGUUUAAACCUUGGAAAGAUUGCCAUCUAGUGGCACCAAAGGGUACUUUUUAUGAUUGUUUUUUACAGGGAUAAGCAGUCUAGCUGUAUUAGUCUGAUGUGCAUAUACAUAAGGCAUAAUAUUGGCCUCUCCAAAUGUGUAAAUACCUCUUUUGGGAAAAACAGGGCCACCUCAUAAUAUGUGCUUGACUAUGAAUGGGAUGACCUUAGAAAUAAGGAAUUAAUCUAAUGAUUCCUUAUCCCCAAUGAUAAAAUCCCUAACAAUUUUGAAGGUGGAGAAACAGCAGCAAGGAAGACAGUAACAUUUUAGCUUUGUUAGUCUAAUCAGAUAUUAAAAACUUAUUUAUAUCAAAAUUACUUUAUAUGGGUGGUUAUGUUAUUUGAGAAUUAGAAAUAUUAUAUACUAUUUUCUCAUUCUUGCCAUUAUUCGUGAAUAUCUACAUUUUGAUGACAACCUGUUGAAUAUUAGGAAAACCAGCAUUGCAGUUUCAGUUCUUGUAUGCUUACAUUUUUAAAGCACAGAAACUCUGAAUCUAGAAGGUUUAGUACAUUGCUUUAUAUAGAAAAGAUUUCAGGGGGCUCAGCCCAACAUAAUAGGGGCUAGAACAUUGUCACAGGAGGCUUUUGUUGCUAAUGGGCAGGAAGAUAGAAUCAGUUGCUAAAUUUACACAUUUCAGUCUUGUAAGCUGGUUAAUUGUGGAUGUGGUAUGUGGUGGUUAGAUCUGGGAUGGGAAGAAUUUCUUCAAGUUAAGAUUUUGGAGGAGAGCUUCUAUUAUUAGGUUAGAAAAGACUUAGCUACAUCAUGGAAAUGGACUCCAUAUGGUUCUAAAAAGCAGUUCUCACACUGUAUCCCUGAGGUGCUCUGCUGAAAAACGAGUCUAUUGAGCAAGUUUGGAAAAUGUUAGAUGCCACACUCCUGCUUGAAGAUGACAAUAGAUAUGAGCAUUAAAGACUUUGAAAAGCCCUUCAGUGAAAAAAAAAUUUGACUUUAACCCUGCUUUGCCCAAAUUAAUUUAACUAUAUUUUAAAUUUAAUUGCCCAUGGGAAAGCACAAAUUUGAAAAAUACUGUUUUUGGAAAAUUAUUGUCCCAGGUUUCUGGAAUUGGUUAAUUAUGUUUAUUAAUACAUACAUGUAAUUAUGUAAUUAUAACUACAGAGGAAGGAAUAGAAUUAAGAUUUCUUUUCUUAUCUUUUGGAGACAAUAUGGUUCAGAAUCAGAAAAAUUUCAUUUUAACCCGUGGACAUAUCCAUUUUGAGCAAAUGCUGGACUAAACAGAAAUUUUAUGUCUGCGAUGUAUUUCAUAGUACCUUGAUUUUCUUAAUCAGGUUGUGAUUUGUUUGGGAGCAAAAUUUAUUUUUUGUUGUGUGGAAUGGAUAGCUGAAAAACCUUAAACCAGAUUACCUGGAAAAAAGGGCUAAGAAACUAGUGACUAAUGCUUAUGGCUCUAUGGCUUCUGUGGGCAGUGAGUCCAUGACAUUGAUUCUUACUCUAAAAAUGUGUAGUCAGUGAACAUUUUCUAAAUACUUUUAUAUUGGACAGCAUAUUUAGCUCUAAUUCUUGUAAUAUUUUAAUGUAGGAACAGAUAACAAAUUGAAUAGGGACGUAGGCAAACUAUUUCAAGUUGGGCUUUUGAUUUGAUUAACAAACUUUUGACACACUUUUGUAAUCUCGAGUGUUUGCUUUCCUUGAUAUUAGCCAUCUAUAACAAGAAUCUAGGAGCCUAAAUUAAUUAGAAGUACCAGUAUUUCUCAGUCAGGGAAUUGGCUAUAUGUUUUAAAAACAAUUCUCCAUUUUCUGCAAAUAGGGUUCCCAUGACAGUUACUAAUUGUGGGCUUGCUUUUUAUUCUCUAGCCAGUUUGUACUCAGGGAAAAUAAAUUGGUUUUUUAUAUUAGAAGAGACAUAACUGAGAAAACAACCAUAGACAACUGUUACAGUUUUCUUGACUAUUUGAAUUUAUCUGUAGCUUCUAUUAAUGUGCAGUAUACUGAAUUAAUAUAAGCACUGUACCUUCCACUUAUAAAAUGUAAAAGCUUAGAAUGUGGUUACCACAGACACUACUGUAUCUAUGUUUAUUCACUGGUUAAUAAUUUAAAUUCUAUUAAUGACUGGAAAUCUCAAUAUCUAAAUGCUAAACAUGUUCACAGUUUUAUCUGUUUAUGUUUUUAAAGAACUCCACCUUUUCAAUCUGGCAUUUCUUUACUUGGUCAUUCUAUCACUCUGUGACUUUUUAAAUAGGGAAUUAAUUUAUUUUAAUAAUAGUUUUCAGAAGGUCUAUUAGAAAUAUCUGGUUGAGGGAUAUGUGCAAUCUGCUGGUAAUUCACACCUAUGUUGGGCCUCAGUUUGUAACCCUUAAAGUGGGAGGAAUAGACUAAAAGGCCUCCAAGGUACCUUUGAGCUUUAAAGUUGUGUCUUUGCCCUUUUCAUGUGAUUUGUGUUAGUGUUCACUUUUUAUAUAUUUAGAGAUUUUUAUAUUAGUGUGAAUGUUCUGUAUUUGUUUGGUGAGGCAUUUUAAAGGUAUAUACUUGAAAAAAAUAUAAAUACAGCUGUUCUUUGGAACACAAAUGGGAAAAAUCAUCCAGAAAACCAAACAUGUUGAAACAUCAUGUGCACCAUAAGUAAAAAACUACUAUUUUGAAGUAUUGGAAGUGUUCCAUAUAAUUUUAUAGUGAUUUUUAGAUUCAGAGACCAUAUCUAUUAACUUAUUUAAUACAUUAAUCUUGUGAGGUAUAACCAUUCUCCAAAUGAGGGAGCAGGACCACAAAGUUCUUCAUAAAGCUUUAAUGCCAUGCAAGUAUUCAGCGGUGAUCACUGCUCUUAAUAUGCCACCUUCCUCCAGGAGAGAACAGUCUGAAUCACUGAAACAUCGGAGUAGUUGAGUAAUAAACACAUAUAUGUAUGGCCUUCAAGUCUUAGAGUGAUAUAAAGUAGUCUUAACUGAAUAUUUCUUAGUUUAAUUAUUUGAACCGGUUGAUUGUACUGACUAUAAUUAUCUGAAGUAUUUAUGAUGAGCAUAUUGUUAUUUCUAAGUACUUCUGAGUUAUUGAGGGUGCUUAUAAAAUACUGAAGAAAGCAUGAUUCUUCCUUUAGUUUUAUUUAUAUGAAUCUUGUAGCACAGUCUUUUAUAAAAAGUAAAACUAGCCCCAGCCCCAAUCUUAAAUUAUCAUAGUUUUUCAUUAUCCAAUAAAUUAGGCUUAUCUGAAAUUCAUAUGCAGAUUGAUAAUUUUUCAUUUUGUAUUGGUAUUUAGAUGGUAAACACUUUUCACAGAGUAUAUUUCUGUUCACAAACUACUUAAUUAGUAUUGGCUUGAUAUUCUCCCAAAUCUUACAGAACUUUGAAAUGUCCUUUGUUUGAUGAGUUUCAAAAACGAUAUGUUACUUAAGUAAGUGCUGGCAUCCUUACUAAUCUUUCCACAUACAAAAUCUUGAUGCAUUUGAUGCCACUGAACAAUAGUAGCAUAAAGAACAGGACUCACAGUCUAGACUGGAUUGAGUUUUAAUUAAACUUUUUCAGCCAUAACCUGAUAAGAAUCAGUUUGGGUCUAGAAGUAACCAGACUGUGGGCCUGUAUUACUGUAGUGAGCCAGUGUUUGUGUUUAGUGCCACACUUGCAGAGCAGUGCCAGUUUGCAGCUGAGACUGUCAUGUGACUUUUGGUAACUACUUGUUUAUAUCCAAAAGCAGUUUAGAUUUUAUGGAAGUAGCUCAUGAUUGUUUGCACAAGCAAGGUAGGUGAAUUUCAGUUAUAUUUAAAGUGCAAUUAUGGAAACCCUAGAGUAGUGUGUUCUUUCCAGGAAAAAAACCUUAAGUGUAUUUGUAGACUAUCCUAGCCUGACAACUUUUCUGAACAUACAUAAAAUUUUGACAAGGUUCAUGCGUGUGAUUUUUCAAGUUACCUAUUUUGUGUUGAUUUAAAAUUUCAAGGAGAAAUAGAAAUGUUCUAGCCAAGGAGAACUGCAUAGUUAAUUUUUUGCUGCUAACAUAAGCAUUUAUUUCUCACAGCUAAGAAUCUCUUUUAAGUUAGUUUUGUUACAAAGAAAGGCCAUUCUUCUAAGACGGAUGACAUUUUCCUGAAUGGAAAAUGAAAUAGAUCCAUUGCUCUGAACAAAACACCUUAAAUUUGUGCCUUUUCAAAUUAUAGGAAUAGUAAUAAUUAGUCAAAUAUUUGUCUGAACUCUUUUUUUUCCUAAUUGCUCUCAUUUUUCCUUAGAUCUGCCCUCCACAAACGGUUACAUUGUUUGCUUUUGCCUGUUGGCUUUUCAGGCUCCUUUGGCCAGACCUCACCCUAUCACUGUCAGAAGCUGUUCACUGGAUGUAUUUUUCUAUUCCUUUUAUGUUGCUUUACUUUUUAAGUAACUUUGGUGAAACUCUGGCUGCUUUCUCAUGUUUUUAAAAUGAAUGCAAUGAUUAACAAUCUUUACAUUUCAACCCUUUAAAAUGUUUGUAAAGGCAAGAAAUAAUGUAGAAUGAACAGAAAUCUAAUUUGGAAUGUGAUUCUCAGUUUGGUUGAAUUUUCUCAUCUACAAAAUGUGGACAAUAACCUACCUCACAGAUGUGUGUGAGUAACUGUUUGCAGGCCCUUGCUUAAAUACAGGGUUUAUCAUCAUAUUUAAGGUAAAUCCCUUCCUAUUUUUUUUUUAAAGUGAGUAUCUUUGAUACUGAUAGGAUGAGUAUCGAUUUUAGGUAAGUCUCAUGUGGUAAGAAUAUAGUGGUAAAAAGAUUUAAGACUACAGUUUCACAAAUUAUGGUAUUCUUUUAUGAUUAUUUCUUGAAAAUAUCAAGUACUCAAAUUUUGAAUUUGUCUUUUGUGGCAACGAAUAUUCAGAACCUCUUAAAAUGUUGGCUGAAGCUGCCUUAAUGUACCAAAAUACAGCUUUCUCUCAAGACUGUUCACAAAUAUCUCUGGUUGUACAAUGUUUAGUGUGUUUAAUAUAAAAUUGUUAGAGAACUGUGAACUCUCAGCAGAGUAAUCUAAAUAUUGUUUUAAGAAGAAUGCUUGUGUUCUUUGUCAAGUAUGCUUAAAUAUAAAGUGGAUUUUGAGUGCAACAAAAAAAACUGAAAGUUGAUAGCCAUCAGUUAUGACCAUGACAAUCAUAAGAAAAUGUAAGAUUGGAUAUUAAUUAGUCAAAAAAUUUUCAAUAUCCUGCAUUCAUUCUUUCUUCGUCUAUUUUUGAAAAAGAAUAUCCCGUAGGCUAAUACAUUCACCUGUUGAAGCACUUGAUAUGUAUCUAUUAAAAUCUUUUUAAAACUUUGGAAAUUGAGAUCACUUUUUAUAAUUUAUCUCUAGAAAAAGGAAAAAAAGCCCCGACUUUGAGUGCUUUUGUGUUUUAAUGCCAUAGAUUCAAAUUUCAGUUUUGUUUGUUGUGUAUUUUUUGUGGGUAUUAAAUGAUCAGUGGGAUGGCUCUGUCUUCCAGUAACCAUGUGGUAAAGAUGUCAUUUUGAACUACACAGCAGUUCGUAGUUACAGGUUCUCUCUGAUUAAUAUUUGCACUGUGCAUAUUCAUAAGUAACAAACACAAAAGAGAAAAGCAGCCUGAUUGCUUAUAAGCUUUUUUCACAAAAUCAAAUUAAAGUCUCUAGUUAAUGUGAAAGCUAUUUUUGUUUCUGCUCAGUCAUUAAACUAAUAUUCUACACAUAAAUUAAUAGUUACAGAGAAAGCUGUUGUAGAAAAAGACGGACUCCGGUUCUUUGAAGAAUUCAUACUACUUUUGUCGUACAUUGUAGUUUCUAACUUUAGCCAUUGUAUAUUCUAUUGAUGCCAUAACGGAUUACUACAAACUUAGUAACAACACAAAUUUAUUAUCUUACAUACAGUUCUGUAAGUCAGAAGUUCACUGUUGCUUCUUCAGAUCGCACAAGGCUGAAAACCAAAGCACUGGUAGGGUUGGGUUCUGGGGAGUAGACUGUUUCAAGGCUCUUUGAGGUUGUCGGCAGAAUUUAGUUCCAUGUUACUCUGGGACUGAAGUCCCAUUUCCUUUGUGGUUGUUGGCUAGGGAUCAUUUGGAGCUUCUAAGGGCCACCAUUGUUUACAGGCCCAUGUUUUCGUUUAUCUUCAAGGCCAGCAACAGGGGGUUCAUGCUUUGAAUUUCUCCUGCCUCUUCUGUCACUAUUUUUCUCUGACUGGCUGGCUGACUCUUCUGUUUUCCUCUUCUGAUUUUAAGGUUCCCUGUGAUUAAAUUGGGCUCACCUGGAUAAUCUGUUAUAAAGAUAUUAUUUAUUAGAGAAAGAACUCAAGUGGAGGGGAGGGGCAGAGGGAGAGGAAGAAGCAGACUCCCUGCUGAGAUGGAGCCUGACAUGGGACUUGAUCCCAAGACCCUGAGAUCGUGACCUGAGCUGAAGGCAGACGCUUAACCUACUGAGCCAUCCAGGCACCCCUAAUCUCUCUGGCUUAAGGUUAAAUGGCUAGCAACUUUAAUUUUAUCUAUAAAGUCCCUUUUGCCAAGUCACAUGUUUUUAGGAAUAACACCAAGGCAUAAAGAUCACAGGGGAAAAAAUUCUGUUUACCACAACCAUAAAAUAGGAAGGUGUAAAGGACCUCUGACCUAAUAGAACUUUACACUAAAGGCUGCCUAGGCUAAACAAGAUUUCAAUUUGCGUUAUUCAAAGAGAUUUGUUUUUAUUAGUUAAAACGGUUUUCCUUUAUUUCCUAAAUUUCAUGGAUGUGGAUGCUUAUCAUAGGAAAUUUGAAAAGAAAACAGAAGUAUGAAGAAGCUGAAGGAAAUAUCAUCCCUACCCUAAAAUAAAUACUUUUUAGGAAUUUGUCAUUAUAUAUUCAUUGUUUUCUCUUCCUAUAGUUUCCUUUAGAAUCUAUGUUUUAAAAGUUCUGAAGAUGUGUGGGGGAGGUUCUGCUCAAGAGAAUGCUGUCAUCUUAGAAGAACCAGGUGUUUCACGGAAGUACUCAAAAGGAGGAAGGGAAGGUUUUAUUGGUACAUGUUUAUAGGUUGCUAGAGGCCUGGCCUGUAAGUAAAUUGGAGUGUGCCUGUGUUAGCCUCUGUUAGGAUCAAGUUCCUUUGAAUGCUGUUGUCUUUAUCUUUUUAUACAAAAUUAAAACAAAAAAGUCCAUCUUUCCAUUUAAGUUUUAUGCUAGGUUAGGGUUUGUAGGAGGCAGAUGGCAUCUGCUUGGACAUCACUGCUUGGACAGCAGCAAUAUUACAGUGUUUACAUUAAAAAAUUUGGUACAUCAAUAAUGAGAAAUUUAGUUUUGAAUGCUAGGAUUUAAAGAAUGGAAGAAAUGUGGCUGACAUUAGUGCAACAGAACUAUAACCACAUAGUUAUAACCAUUGAUUAUGGAUAGGAUAGAAGCAAUUAUUCUUCCUACAAACCUGUUCCAUAUCAAUAAAUAGUAAUUUCUAUUAGACCAAAUGAUUCAUAUUUUAAAACAUUCAGUUUACCUAUAACAUCCCAGCCAUUCUUUUAAGAGUUGAAUGUCAAAACUAUAUUUUUGUUUCUAACAUCUUCAACUACAGAAAAGGCCAAGUAUUAAUAUUUAUACUGUAUUACGCACUAAGGAUUUUAGGACAUUUUUUAUUUAUAUUAUUUAUAGCCUGAUUACAACACUGAAGUAGACAAACUGAGUGUUACUAGCCCUGUUCUACUGAGUAAAUAGAGGCUCAGAGCUGAGCUACUGAAUUACAGCAAGAGACCAUCUGAUAAGCUGGCAAGAGUGAUAUAUAGUUUCUGACUCUACUAGACAGGAUUGUUGGCAGGAAAGGUCUCUGCUUAGCCUGUCUCUCACUUACCUCCUUGCCUACAGGCCAUACUUCUCUUCUACAGUGCCCACUGUAACAGGUCUUUUCCUGGAGUAUGGGAGAGGGCUGUACUUGCCUCUCACUGAGUAGCAGAUUUAAUUCAGGGGGUCCAACAGAAAUAGAUUUCCAAUAUUUGGUACCAGCCUUAAUCUCAUCUCUCAAAAAAGAAAUCUGAGUAAUUCCUUAAUUCUCUGUUCCACCUGUACUUCUAAUCAGUCACCAAGACAUUUUGUCUCUUUACCUCUGUACUAUCUCUAAUGGGGCUCUUAUACUAGAUAGUUCUCUUGCUGCUGUCUUAUGGCCUUUUGCUGGGGGAUCCCUGGGUGGCGCAGCGGUUUGGCGCCUGCCUUUGGCCCAGGGCGCGAUCCUGGAGACCCAGGAUCAAAUCCCACAUUGGGCUCCUGGUGCAUGGAGCCUGCUUCUCCCUCUGCCUCUCUCUCUCUAUGACUAUCAUAAAUAAAUAAUAAAAAAAAUUAAGGCCUUUUGCCUAGAAUAUUAGAGAAAUAAAGUUUUUUCAGUGUAUCAGCCAUGUUGCUAUGAUAGUUUUUCUUCCUUCCUCUCUAAAUAUCUGGCACUAGUUUCCUGCUUAAGACCUCUGAAUGUCUCCUCACUCUAGCGGAAAAUGUCCAAGUGAAAUCUUUAAGUUGCAGUUUACUCCAUUGCAGCUCUGGCCAUCUCUCACCAGACCUAGCAUAGAUUUUCCAUCUGUGUGUGCUCCUUGACCAGCAAACAUACUUGCAUAUAAACACUGAAUUUCGGUGUCCCUUUAUCUAUAAAACAUUUCUUAAUCUUCUAGGCAUUUCAUUUGUGUUGAAUAAAAGUGAUGAAAGCAGACAUCCUUGUUUUUGACCUUAGCAGAAAAGCACUUAGUUUUUCUCCAUUAAGGAUGAGAUUGCCUGCGGGUUUUUCAUAUAUGGCCUUUAUUAUGUUAAGGUAUGUUUCUUGUAAACCUACUUUGUUGAGGGUUUUUAUCAUGAAUGGAUGUUAUACUUUGUAAAAUUCUUUUUCUCCAUCUCUUGAAAUGAUCCUGUGGUUCUUUUUUCUUGUUGAUUUGAUUACAUGUUGAUUAAUUUGUGAAUAUUGAACCACCUUGCAACCUAGGAAUAAAUAAAUCCCACUUGAUUGUGGUGAAUGAUUUUUUAAAAUAUAUUGUUGGAUUCAGUCUCCUGGUAUUUUGUUGAUUUUUACACCUCUGUUCAUCAGAGAUACUGGCCUGAUGUGGUAUCAAAGAACCAGCUCCUGGAUUCACUUAUCUGUUUUAUUAGUUCCUAUAUAAUUUAUUUUUGCUCUAAUCUUUAUUAUUUCCUUCCUUUUGCUUAUUUUAUGUUUUGUUCUUUUUCUAGCUCCCUUAGGUGUAAGAUUAGGUUAUUUAUUUGAGAUUUGUCUUGCUUUUUGAGGUAAGCUUGUAUUACUAUAGACUUCCCUCUUAGAACCACUUUUGCAGCAUCCAAGAGUUUUCAUACACUUUUUUUCCUUUUAUUUCCUGGUUGACCCAUUCAUUGUUUAGUAGCAUGUUAUUUAACCUUUAUUUGUGGUCUUCCCAAAUUUUUUCUUGUGGUUUGACUACUAGUUUCAUACCACUGUACUCAGAAAAGAUGCAUAGUCUGACUCUGAUUUUUUUAAUUUGUUGAGGUUUGUUUUGUGGCCUAAUAUGUGAUCUAUUCUGGAAAAUGGUCCAUGUGCACUUGAAAAGAAGGUAUAUUCUGUUGUUUUAGGAUGGAAUGUUCUGAACGUAUCUGUUAGAUCCAUCUGAUCCAGUGUGUCAUUUAAAGCCAUUAUUUCCUUGAUUUUCUGUUGAUUUGUCCAUUGAUAUAAGUGGGGUGUUGAAGUCCCCUACUAUUACCAUAUUAUUGAUUAGUUUAUGUUUGUUAUUCACUAUUUUAUGUAUAUGAGUGAUUCUG